AAAAGUAAGCAAAGUAAACAGGGGGUACCGCAGAUAUGUGUGCAGUUUAUAGCGUGCUUCUGGUCAUUUGAAAUCGAUACUGCAAACCAGGACUGACAUAGAUAUAGCAAUGGAAAAAGUAUCUUUAAUAUAGCUCGACCUUCUGUUAGCAAUCGACCAGUUUAUUCGUAGUUGUGCUUAAAGUCCGCAAGACAGCACGGAAAACCAGCCAGCCAUAUCCGCGCCUGCGCUUUCGCAGCACCGGUGUGAGUUGCUUAUAAAUUGAUGCGCUUUCUGCUGCAUUUUUGAAACGCUUCCGUGGGCGACAGAGAGGAUCUUGCGCGAAUGCGCACCGCAGCACUGCAGUUCGCAGGCGCGGAGCUGUUGAACCGUUGCGCGUACCGUCGCUUCCUUUGCAACGGGAAAUGCCGUUCUCUUCAACGUAAAGGAUACCACCGGAGCGGCAGCCUGUAGCGUACGCAAUGGCUGACGAAAAUGACGAUACGACCGAACAGCCCAUCUCGGCUUUCAGGCUUAGAGCCCGCAAGGGAGCUCUGAAGAAAAAGAACGUUUUCGAAGUAAAGGAGCACAAAUUCAUCCCGAGGUUCUUCAAGCAACCGACCUUCUGCAGCCACUGCAAGGAUUUUAUAUGGGGCUUCGGAAAGCAAGGAUACCAGUGCCAAAUAUGCAGCUUCGUGGUCCACAAACGAUGUCACGAAUUUGUGACAUUCAAGUGUCCGGGGAGGGACAAAGGGGUCGACUCGGACGAUGCCAGAACAAAGCACCACUUCGUCAUCCAGACCUACACAAGCCCGACGUUCUGCGACCAUUGCGGAUCUCUCCUGUACGGUCUGAUUCAUCAAGGAUACAAAUGCAAAGCGUGCGACAUGAAUGUACACAAGCGGUGUCAGGAGAGUGUACCGAACUUGUGUGGGUGUGACCACACGGAACGCCGCGGACGCAUCCACCUCAAGGUAUCUGCGAUUAACAACAAGCUGGUUUGUGAAGUGCGACAGGCACGCAACCUCAUCCCCAUGGACCCUAAUGGAUUAUCGGACCCGUACGUCAAACUGAAACUGAUCCCUGACAUUGGCGAUUCGGUGAAACGCAAGACAAAAACUAUCAAAGCAUGCCUUAAUCCAGAGUGGAUGGAAACGUUGUCCUUUGACCUGAAACCAGAAGACAAGGACCGGCGGCUACUGAUCGAGAUGUGGGACUGGGACCGGACAUCACGAAAUGACUUCAUGGGGUCUCUCUCGUUUGGCAUCUCUGAAAUUUUGAAGCAGCCCGCGGAGGGAUGGUUCAAGCUGCUCACUGCCGAGGAGGGAGAAUUCUACAAUGUCCCAGUCCCUCCAAACGAUCGGGACAUCACGGAGUUCAAGAGCCAGAUGCGGGCCAUGCCAAGGAAUAGGGGAACAAGCGGUGUCAGGAAGGGGCUUCCCGCGGGGGACUCUUUGUCUGACAUUCCGCACAACAUGGGAAAACAGGAUGUGAUUAGAGCGUCUGACUUCAACUUUUUAAUGGUGCUGGGAAAGGGCAGCUUUGGCAAAGUGAUGCUGGCCGAAAGGAAAGGCACGGACGAACUGUAUGCCAUCAAGAUUCUCAAGAAGGACAUCAUCAUUCAGGACGACGAUGUGGAAUGUGCCAUGGUAGAGAAACGGGUUCUGGCACUUCCUGCCAAGCCCCCGUUCCUGGUCCAGCUGCACUCGUGCUUUCAAACCAUGGACCGGCUAUACUUUGUAAUGGAGUACAUCAACGGAGGUGAUCUCAUGUUUCAAAUACAACAGUGCGGGAAGUUCAAAGAACCGGUGGCUGUAUUCUACGCUGCAGAAAUUGCCAUCGGACUGUUCUUUCUUCACGCGAGGGGUAUCGUCUACAGAGACCUGAAGCUGGACAACAUUCUCUUGGACCAAGACGGCCACAUCAAGAUUGCCGACUUUGGCAUGUGCAAGGAAGGCAUUGCAGGAGACAAGACAACAAAGACGUUUUGUGGGACGCCCGAUUACAUUGCACCCGAGAUCAUCCUCUAUCAGCCGUAUGGAAAGUCUGUUGACUGGUGGGCAUAUGGAGUCCUGCUGUACGAAAUGCUUGUGGGACAGCCUCCGUUUGACGGCGAAGACGAAGAAGAACUGUUUGCGUCGAUCACGGACCACAACGUUUCCUACCCAAAGUCAUUAUCAAAAGAAGCUAAGGAAGUGUGCAAAGGGUUCCUGACCAAGAACCCAUCAAAGCGCCUGGGCUGCAGCUCGUCGGGCGAGGACGACGUCCGGACGCAUCCGUUCUUCCGUCGCAUCGACUGGGACAAGAUAGAGAACCGCGAGGUUCAGCCUCCAUUCAAGCCUAAAAUAAAACAUCGCAAGGACGUUAGCAACUUUGACAAGCAAUUUACGAGCGAGAAGAUAGACCUGACACCAACGGAUAAGCUGUUCAUGAUGAACCUGGACCAGACAGAGUUCAUGGGUUUCUCCUUCCUCAACCCGGAGUUCGUUGAGCACGUGUGAAUGUAUAGUAGCAUGACCUUCCACCUGCCUUUCGAAACAUUUAUGUUCCUGCCUCAUAGGUGGUGCCAGUGCGAACAAAGCUAUGUGAUCCUCCAGGUUUCUUCCCACUGGUGAGUGACGACUCACGUGCUGUCGUCUGCCAUGCUGUAGCUGUAACUAGGGUUCCAUUUCUUUCUUUUUUUUGCUUCUUUUUGCUAUGACAACAGUCGUGUCAUACAGUGAUUAUGUUUUAAAAAUAAGAACGAAACCCAAUUUUUAACUUUGGCGUUACAGUGAAUUCAGGUGGUUGGUAUCAAGCAAAUGACUCAAGCACCGCGGGGUUUCUCUGAAACUACAGUGAUUGUCGAGCGCGAGUCAUUACGUGAACUGCCAAAGAGUCAGUACCUUUCUAUGAGAACGUACAAACGCAUUCUGUGUACAGAAAUGUGCGUUAGACACUAUAAAGUAGACACGAUUAUUUCUACUUUUUCUAUGGGUAUAAAAUACCAAAACAACAGAACUUUUGAAGCAGGCAAGAAGUCUGGAAACGUGGAACCCAAGCUACAACAGCGAAUCUCCUGCAGGGAAACUUAGUGUGCAGCUUACGAGAUAUACUAGUUGUUACAAUGUAAUUUUGGAGAUCUCCUAAAGUUUGACGGGGAACAAAAGAAAAAGGUUGCUACAUAUUGCCCCGGUCGUCGAAGGUUGUGGUAGUCCAGUUUCAUACUGAGUUAUGUAACUUGAUUAUAUCACAGUAUAGUAUUGUUGUGAUAUAAUGCAGUUGCUAUUGAGGGGGCACAAUGUACAUAAUUGUCACAUAGGUGAAUAUAGAAUAGCUUAGGUAGUUCAAUAAUAUCAACAAAUAUAGAAAGACAAAACUGUAAGCAGCAUAUUAAAGCCCUCUCCAUUUCUUUCUAGCCAGUUUAGGUGAAAUUGUGUUACAUAACUUGUACAUUCAAUUUAUGUGCACUGAGCCAGAAAAGUGUGCAAAAGACAAUGCAGAAUAUGGCUUUUUCAAAUAGGAAUAUAUGGGAGCCAGCCCAGUUUUGUUUUGUUUAUGCUUCACAACACCACUGUUUACGAGAGGUUUACAAGACCACACUAGAAUAGUUCAAAGUUCACAGCUCAAAGUUGAAAUGAAGGGGCUUGCUUGACUCCUUUUUGAAAGUAGAGAAACAUGCUGAAGUAUCAUUAAUUUUUAGUCAAAUUUGAGGUGAAGUUUAAUUGGAAUCAAGAUGGAACGUUUGCAAAUUCUUAGUCAGUCAGCCUUAUCAAUCGGACGAGUUGAAUAAAAAAAUUUUAUUUGAAGCGUAUCUUCCUUUCAGGCUUGGUGUGUUGGAACCUAGUUUGCAACUAUUAAAUAUUGAUUUGAUAGCUUUUUUGUGCAGAUUUCUACUUUAGCAUUAAUGUGCCCUUUCAAUAGUGCCAUUGAUUAAAUUGCUCUUUGAUCAGCAAUUGAUGUAUCAAGGCUAGCCAUUUAUACCUAUAGUACAAGCUUUUCAAGAUCUCCAAGAUUGACUGUUGCCUCUCUCUUUCAAGAUAAUGCCGAGACCUUUGUGUAGAAGCCUGCUAGCUCUAUCAGGUAUCAUGAGUACCCUUCACAAAGGGUCUUUUAAUUCUUGUUACAAGCUGCCUGUUUUUCUUACCACUGUUGUAUCGUUGCAUGUCAUUUAAAUAUACUUUUACAUACCGUAGAUUAGCCUGAAAUUCAGGUUGCAUUGCCUUGCAACAUCCACAGUGUCUGCAAAUUUUACUUGCAUGCAUGUUUCUAAUUAUUAAAAAAAUUUAGGGAACAGUGCACGUCUCUACAGCAUAGAUCUGUAGCAGAGCUUGUUCUAGUUUGAAACUUUUGUUCCAGCAUCUGCCUCAGAAGGUCAACAGUACUGUAGGUGUUUUGGAUUAGUACAAACAGUUUCUUUGUAAAAAGUAACCGCAUUGUCACGUCUUUUAUUUACGUCAACGAGAAUGCACAUUCGAAUGAUCUCCUGUAACUGCUCAACAUCUUGUGGAAUGUUCCUCAUUACGCUGUUGGCUUUUAAAUCCAUUGGUAGCUUUUUAUGAAUAUAUGCUUAAAUGGUUUGACCACCACAUUCUCGCUUCACCCUCAGUUGUCCCCACUGACUAGUGCACUUCGAGCGGUUCGCUCUUUGAUUCUUGAAGUGCGCUCUGCCAGAGCAGAAUACACCCGCUGUUCCCUCCACUCAGGGUCACACUGGUCCAUCUUCCAGCACCCCUCGAGUUCCCCGAAGGAGCUUCACAGUGCAGAUGACAUAAAUACACACAUACAAUAGUCGGACACCCAUAUGGUCAGAUUGUACAACGGAUGCAGUGCAUGACUGAAGCGAUAAGAAGUAGGGGUGGAUUCAGACCCUGAGUUUUGGGGGGGGUUCUUUGCUGAAGCGUCUAGUGUGGGAGGGGAGAGAGGGAAAUCCAAUGUAUAAACUGACGUUAAACUGACUCCUCCUCCUCCUCCUCCUCCUCCUCCUCCUCCUCCUCCUCCUCCUCCUCCUCCUCCUCCUCCUCCUCCCUGGAUCCGCCACUGUAAGAGGGGGCCACUGCAACACACACUCGGCUCAAGGGGUUCCUGACGGUGGAGCGGGAAUAUGGCGGAGACAGUGUAUUCACACGAGCGACACCGUCGCGGAAGAUUCUAGUGGAAGAGGAAGCGAAAACACUGCUCACAGAGCCAAAGUUCCGUCCCGCGUUAUGUUGAGCAUUCACACGCUGCGGAAUAUUGGGAGUGGCGUACUGCGCGUUUAGCAGACGACACCGUCAGCAUCUUUUCCUGUCGUCUGCUAUGGAAUAUCUUGUGGCUGUGUCGCAGGAUAUUCCCCACGGUAGCAGUGUACGCGAAGACGCGAUGUUGAGCGCUCGCGCUCACAUGGUAGUAUAGAAAGGUACUAUGACGUUUUCCCGCAUCUUCCGCUGUAGUAUUCUAGAGAAUGUCGUUCGUGUUAAUACACGGUGAGUCUCAUUGCCUUGCAAGGAAGACAAGCAAGCUAGUAUAUUUUAAAUCCUUGUGCAGAAAGCACAAUGUAUAGAAGGUGUAGUCUUUGGCAAACUGCACUCUACUUGAAUUGAAUUGUUCAAAGUGUCUGUCGUGUGUGCUUCCCUUACUUGUUCUUUUUUUUUUUUUUUUUACACUUCUGUGUAAUAUCUUAUUUGCACACAGUAAGCACACAGUAAGGUCCUUAUUUCACAGUGUAUGCUCUAUUGGUACAGAAACAUGAUCGUAACGCCUCUAAGUCAAAGCAACGGUGUGGGCGAGCUGGUACAUACUGACACAAAAAACAGUGCACAAACAGUUUUUUGUGUCAGUAAUGCCUCUAGCAUAGAAACUGCUGCUUCCUUUUUGCGAGACAUUUGUAACAAACAUUACAGUAUACGACUACAUUCCUUUAAAUUUAAGUAGCAUAAAUUUGUACAAAUUUUACAAGUUGUGAAGAAAAAUCUAUACAUCCUCUCACAGCUUCAGUCAUUGACCCAAAAAAUAACUAGUUCAGAGGAGUAGUUCAGAACAAAGUUCUUGACUCUUAUGGGAGUAUAUGUAGUCCUAGUUCAAAGACAAAACUUUAUAGAGUCUAGCAGGGGUGUAGUGCGAGGUGGUAGACUGUCCUGCUUCAAAUUGGCUUCCCCUGCAAUUGUGGCAAUGACCUGGAGAUGUGGUACUUGAGCUUGUAAUGCGCCACAUUUACCAACCUGUGUAACAUACACAACGUUACCUUGUGCUUUUGCACACCCGUGUUCUUCCACUCGCAGAAUAACAGAUAUAACUGUUAUACUAUAUAAUGUGGCAUGCCAAGGGAGAACGUUACGUGGGUGAGGCAGCAUAUUCACGUUUUCCGUUAGUUACAUCAUCAAAGAAUCUAAGUGCUGUUUUUAUCUUUGCAUUAUUACAUAAUCUUUACAUUAAAGCGCUGAUUACCUUUAACACCUGGUUCUUAUUUGACAACAGUUUUCGGCAAGAACCUGGCAUGUUGUAUCUGAAGUGCUCGAAUUUUUUGCAGAUGUCUUUGAAAUCCUCGAAAUUGUUUGCAGUAAUUGCAUGGCGUCUUACUGGUCACAAUACACACAGUGUAAUAUUUCGAACUUUGAUAUCAUUUUCCUCACACAGCGUACAGCUAUACCUAAAGAUGUUCACUGCAUAAUUUAUGUAAACAUGCCUUUCUGUUUGUAUUCACUGGUACAGUAGGAAAGGCUAUUUAAUGCAGGGAGGAUAGUUUUACUGGGGUGCUCAUUGUCAGCGUCAAUCAUUUGGCAACCAUGCCAUUUAUUACGACGGCACUUCUCACAGUAUUCUGUUACCUAGUAUCCACGUGAACGACUUCAUUGAGGGAGAUAUCGAUGGAGGGGACCAAGGAGAAAAGAACACUCAUGAAGAUAUCAUGGAAGGAAUGCCAAGAGUAUCCAAAUAUUGUGGAGGAGGGGCAGGGCUGCUAGCAGACGACAAAGCAGCAGAGGAUAGAAUGUGCUGUAGCAAGCCAAGAGGAUGUGCCAUAAGGCUGCUCCUUUGCUAACGUUGCUCCUUUAGUCGGUAUCUCACCGGAUAAAGUCGCGCGUGCAUACACUUGGUAACUGCGGUUUCUUAGUUCUUGAAGCCAUGUAGCUGUCCGGAAUUAACUGCAACUUUCGUUGUGUUAGUCCUACAUUGUCCUAAGCCAAUGUUUUUAGGCAUUUGUUUUAGUUCACUGUCAGCCAGAACUAAAACUUUAGGGCACUCUGCUGUAGCCGACAGUGCACGGCAUCUUCUCAGAUGAUCUUCAAGUAGCCCAUCACUACAAGAACUGUAAACAAUACCGGGAAACAUGUUGUGCGGUUCUUUUCAACAUUGCCUUGGCAUGUGACGUGCUAGCUGUUAGACCAGAGAAGCAAAUUGACAGAAGACCUUAAUAUUUUUAUGCACAUAAGAGCUUGAAAUGCAUCACCAACAUUUUCAUCUGUUUGUGUGUUGAAAUGUUGUUGUGAAUGAUUUUCUCAAGAGUCUGCUAACACUGGUUGCUGUUGUCGCAUAUAUUUUGUGCAUUAAUUAGGGAUUUUGCUCUUUUGAGUGAGUUACAAUGACUUAGUUCGAAUGAGAUUUUUCCUGUUUAUUUGCAAUAAUAAUUGCUUCUUUUAUCACUCUAGUAAACCUUCACUUUUCAUGUUUGAUCUCUAGCUGUUCACAUACACUUGCACCUCUAUCUCCUUACACCCGUUUGGAUGCACGGUCAUGUGCCCUUUCCCAUUAACGCUCUGGAAAUCCCUUGAAAACAUUUAUAUUUUUCGUGCAAACUCGCGCUGCGGCCCAUGGCCAUAUUUUAUCGUAAUGUUGUCAUGACCUUUGUUGUAGUUGCACCAUUAUAUAAACACAAAAUCAAAUCAAAAUCAGAAUCAAUCAAUCAUGCUGUGGCAAAUGCAAUCAGACGGAAUAGAUAGAGGGAGUAUAAAUGCAAGUUGUUGCUAGCCAUGUUGACUGUAUGUUUAAGGCAUAUGGUUUUAUAUGCAGCAAAUGUGGUGAAAGCAUGUUUUGAGUUGCCACAUGUGAGGAAGACUUCGUCUUUCUUUGUGUUCAUUCCAGACAUAAAAGUGUAACUUUUCUGGUUUCUACCUCACGUUUCUUCUUUUCCUUGAGUAGACAGUAUUAAAAGCAUCACACUUGUU